AUGGAAGCCGUGCUCAAUCAAGCUGGGCUUCCAAGACCAGGAGCACCGCCGACAAGAAUAUCGCCGUCAGAAACUGAUGCCGCCUCCGUCUCCGUGUUUGCAGGCCCGGCCAUACCAAACAGCACAGUCCCGAUAACGAACCACCGACUUGAUGCGCCGCAAGCUGCAGCCAGUCAUGUUCCGUCAGAUCAUCCCAUGGGUGAUGAAGCGGUAUUGUCGGCGCCUAAUUCAAGAAGCAGUCAGACACCCGUCCCUCAGCCUCGAGAGAUCCCCGAACCGCCGUCACAACUUUCGGGGAAGAUGCCAGUUUUUGCCGUAAUUGCAAGCCGUAUGAGAGAGGUCAAUUCCGCCUCUUACUGCUCUACAUUCAACAGACAAGUCUUCACUCCUCGACUCGAAAGGGAGGAAGCCAUCACUAUUUUGAUGCCUCUGUACGACGACGUCAUCAGCAAUUACCCGCUUUUGAACUUUCAUUACUUCGUGCGUCAUUUCGAAACAUUACCGGAAGCGGAUGACACUUUCAAUAGUACGUCGGGAUGGGCAUACAUGAACGCCGUCAUCUCUGUAGGGACGCGGUGGAAAACCAUCAACAGCGCGUUCCAAGAAGUUUGUCAACUUGCCUGGCCUUUCUUCAAAAAUGCAUUUUCUGUCCUGACAGAGCUGAUGGUGAAGGGUGGCGACUUGCUCUCUGUACAGGCCAUUGUCGCCAUGGCGGUUUUCAUGCAAGGAACUACAUGCACCAGAACUGCGACUCUGCUAUCUUCUGCGGCAGUGAGACUGUCUCAAAACAUCGGGCUACAUCGGCAGCCUUGUACAAUGAUGUCCAUGUGUGCUCAGGAUGUUGAAGCACGGAGUCGGGUGUUCUGGGCGGCCUACAUACUGGAUAAAGAAACGGGUCUCAACCAUGGCCUGGAUUCGAUACAAGACGAUGACGACAUUGAGACUGAAUUGCCCAGCGGUUGGGGAGAAGGUGUUGACAUAUUGAACCUCAGAGCGAAGCUUGCGAUGGUAGAGUCUUCAAUCCGAAGACGAUUGUACACGGCGAAAGGACUCCGCCUUACCGACGCCGAUCUGGUUAAGGCCAUCAUCGAUUUAGAUGCUCUCCUUGAAGAGUGGAGAUCAAGUAUGCCCGCAAACCUCCAGCCAUCAUAUGAAGCCCCUGCAUUGGGGUCAGACAUUGCACCAGACAUCCUCAACCUGCAGUUGGCAUUCUAUAGGUGCACAAUGAUGGUCCACUGGGCGGCUAGACGGCAUGACCAAUACUCGACUGUAGCUGUUCUCAUGGGAACGCCCGCUGGUUUCGAAAUGCCCUACAUUCAGCUGUCCUUUUCGCAGAAGCGAUGCCGCAUGGCGGCGCACGCGACCUUGGGAUUAUUCAGGACCAUUUCAACGCCCCAAUAUGCAGACCUAUGGCGAAUCUUGUGCUACCCCCUUUGCGCAAGCAUUACUCUUUUGACGGAUGUGCUCGAGACUCCAGGCUCUGCUCGUGCUCGAGGGGACUUAGCAGCAACAAGGAAUUUCGCCCAUUUCCUUCAAAAGUUUGAAAAAUCUGAAGGUUGCGACUUGAAGCGUGUCUUGACGGCGUGCGCCAUGAUGCAACGGACAGCGCAAUAUGCCGUCGAUGAUGCCCAGAAUAUAAUGCGCGCCCAGAAUUUGGUCGGCAACAACGGCGGUGGUGUGCCACUCAUCCCGGGUUUUAGUCUCGGUGAAGAUGCACAGGUUUUGCAAUCUUUGCUCGGCACGGCAACACAUCCGAUGUAUCUCGUCCAAGGACUGAUGGGGAACUUGCCCAACCGAGACCAGAAUCUCACAAUGAGGCUUGCGCAACUUCUUGGUACUCCCUUUGAGAGUGGCAAGCCUGGUAGCCCACUCGGAUCUCAACCUUUACAACCGGAGACGUACGGUUUUGGGUUUGGUCAAGGCCAGGCUGGUAAUGACCCGACGGCCAACUGGUCUUGA